AGGCUACAGCCCAGACUUCCGGGCGCAGCGGCCUCCUCUGGGUGAUUGACGCAGUAAACAAGCAGCAGAAGCAGCGGCGGCGCAGAAACUCCGGAUCUGAGCUUCGUGAAUUCAAGUGCGCACAGAAAUCUGCGCUCUUGUACUCACCGCUGCGACUUUCGCUCUAAAACCUGCGCAAACCCGCGCUUGGUUCUGCUAACGGGUUAGCGUGCUAGCAUUAGGCGAGAGGAGCGCGGUCCUGCUCCUCACUGACGCGGACACGAUGUCGUUGGUGGACCUCGGCAAGCGUCUGCUGGAGGCGGCUCGUAAAGGGCAGGACGAUGAGGUCAGAAACCUGAUGGCCAACGGAGCGCCGUUCACUACUGACUGGUUGGGGACGUCCCCCCUCCACCUGGCCGCUCAGCAUGGUCAUUACUCCACUGCAGACGUCCUGCUCAGAGCCGGCGUCAGCAGAGACGCCCGCACCAAAGUGGACAGGACGCCGUUGCACAUGGCUGCCGCGGAGGGACACACCAUCAUCGUGGAGCUGCUGGUCCGAAGCGGCGCAGACAUCAACGCCAAAGACAUGCUGAAGAUGACAGCGCUGCACUGGGCGGCUCAGCACGGACACCACGGCGUGGCCGAGACGCUCAUCAAGCACGGAGCCGACGUGCACUCGCUCAGCAAGUUUGACAAGACGCCAUUCGACAUCGCUGUCGACAUCCAGAACACGGAGCUGAUGCUGCUGCUGCAGGAGGGCAUGCAGAACCAGGUGAACAUGAACCAGGUGAGUAUGAACGUGGAGACGAGCUCCACCAACCAACAGUUCAUCAUCCAGGGAAUACCUGCCAUACAGGGGGGCGUGGUCAACCUGGCAGAGCUGCUCAACAAGGCCAAUGCAGGAGAUUCGGAGGAAGCGAUGGCGGCCAGCGCUCUGGACUCCAACAUCCAGCACGCCACUGUUGUCAACGAGGGCGGUCAGAGGGUCAUCACAAUAGUAACAGACCAGCAUGGCAACCUGCAGACCACUGGAGGAAUGUCUCAACCGUUCUUCGUGACCAUGCAGCACGGACAGCAGAUGCUGGCGGUCCCAGCCAACGCGGUGACAGAGGAGGUGGUGACGGAGGAGCCACAGCCCCCACCCACCAGGAAGAGGAAGCUGGAGGUAACCAGCAACCACAACGACACAGGAGAGACGGAGUUGCUACAGAGGCAGCUGCAGGAGGCCAACAGGAAGGCGCAGGAAUACCGACAGCAGCUGCUGCGUAAAGAGCAGGAGGCCGAGGAGUAUCGCAUCAAGCUGGAGGCCAUGGCCCAGAGUCAGGCCAACAUCACCGGUACCAACGCCGGCGCCCUGACCGCCGACAGCGCAGCCAACGCUGCCGCCAGCCCCGAGGAGGUGGUGGGAGGAGAUGAGGACGAAGAGGAAGGAGCUGCCAGCAUGGUGGAGGAGGAGGGGGAGAUGGUUGUGCUGCCGGAUGGAGGCAUCAUCAUGGAGGGGGAGGAGGGUCAGGUGACGCUGGUGGAGGCAGGGGGAGAAACGACAGAGGUCAGCUCCUAA